UCUCUAAAUGUUCUGCUUGAUGUUGAACUGUAUGUUGGUACUACAGGUAAAGUAAAGACCCCCAAACGCAUAUCAGAACAAGUUCAAACAGACCCUGAUCGAUGACUUGCUGCGUGUUUGACGAAAUGUUUAAAAUGUAGUGAAGUAACAGUCUCACCAAAUGGAAAUACUUCAGUGAAGAUGCAUAAAAAAGCUGUAUUGCUAUGAACAAGACUUUGUUCAGCUCUGGAAACCAACUCAGGAACAUUAUGAAAAAUGGAAAUGUGGGCUGUAUGUGAGAAGAACUUGUGAAGAAUGUAAGUUUUGUAUAUUAUUAGUUUGUCACUUUGAUGUGAUGCUAUAAAGCAGGAAAACUACAUGAUGUUACACAAACGACCACCUGCGAUUCUCCACUGAUCAAUACCAAAAGCUUGGUUCAUCUGUUCCUUCAGCACUGAGACGUUAUUGACACUCUUUUAAUCAAUGAGGCAUUGACUCCACGAGUCGCUCCUUAUGUUGCCCAUUUCUCUGAGCACUACACAGAGUCUAAUCCGUCUCUAAUUAGAACUAAGGUGGGGUUUUGGAGACUUUCUGGGACGAGGCUGUGUUUUGUUUGCUUUUCCUCGAUUCACCCUUAGGCCUCGAGCACAAAGUGGCCCAGGCAGCAUGUUCUUUUUAAGGUAACACCAUGUCGCUGGGGGACAUCUGGCUAAAGAAGCCAUGUCAAACCAGGCCCUAUCCCCAAUGCUGUGAGGGCCUGAGGUCUGAAAAGUCUACAUGACCAGCUUUGAACCUUUGAGACUUUAAGUGAUCGAGUAAAGAGGGAAUAAAUGGGUGGAAAAGCUCACUUGUAGGGUGCACCACCUUCUCCAGCACACAGCUUUCAUCUUAUCUACGGAGAUGUGGGAACGUUCACUCGCUGGUUCGAAUUAUAAGGGUCACUCCUUCAACCUUUUUGGAGUGCGAUCAAUACGGGUUCAAACUAUGACUAUGUGUACGGACACGUUUUGUUUUUGGUUGAAAUUUGCUAUCGAGAUAUAAGGACCUGGUGUGAGAAGAAGGUAAGAACAUCAUGUGUAUAAAGACCUUCAAAUAUUCAUAGAUAGAUAGAAAAAUAUGUGCUUUUUAAAACCUCACAUUCCACAUUUAGUCCCAGUUUACUGUUAUAAAAAACUCCACUCUUCUGGGACGAUGUUCCCCGAGAUUUUGUGUAGAUUUAUUCAGGUUGAAAAGUCAGGUACUGAUAAAGGUGAGAAGAUGUGGAGGUCCGGGCUGCAGUCAGCAUUCACAUGCAUCCCAAAGGUGUUGUUUAUAGGUCUAUAGCAGGAGAUCUUUCACAAACAUCCACCACAUGAAAAGCAUAUCUUCAUGAAGCUGGCUUUGUGCACAAAAACAGGUUUUGGGUCUCCUAAUUCAAGUGAUGAGAAACUUUCAAGCAUCCAAAGACCUUAACAAUUGUUUCUCUCCAAGUUUGUGCUGGAUGCAUACUCAUACAUUUGGAAAGGUCCAGUGUCUGUAUACUUUCGCCAUAUUGUGUAUUUUACGGUACAUUUAUUUAAUUGAAUUUCGAGUCUCUGUUUAAAACCUGGGCGUCUUUGACGACCCUAAGAGUUUAUAACGAGGACAGACGGAAGCCAGCAUUGUGUAGCUGAAGAUGUUUAUGAGGUCGAUGUACUUUUGGAAAAUAUCCCGUACAUGUGAGGACGUCACCUCAUCAAAAAGUUAAAUUUGAGUUAAGCUUGUAAUCAGGAGAAGAUUUGCCUCAGAGGCCCCUGCUGUAAACAGCUGUUCAGUGCUUAUCACUUAAUUGUCUUAGCCGUGACUGUCUGCAUCCGUGAUCUGCCUUUUUUCUGUUGUUGUUUUUUGUUUGUUUUGUUUGUGCUGGAUAUUAGUAAAGCAACAGAUGAUAAUGAAAAAUCCCAUAUAUGUUUUUUUUGCUUAUUUAGAAAUCUAUCUAUCUAUCUAUCUAUCUAUCUAUCUAUCUAUCUAUCUAUCUAUCUAUCUAUCUAUCUAUCUAUCUAUAAUUAGAGUAGAUUAGAAUUUUUUUAUAUAUACAUUUUAUAGAAAAAUUUAUAGCAUAACCUCUUUGAACCAAGCAGUGAAAUAUUUCAGUUUGGUUGAUCAAUACAUCACAUCAUCUGCGUGCUUCUUUCUCAUGUUAACGAACUUACAAAUCACUGAAGUGUAAAAAAAAGAUCUUUAUUUCUCCAUCAGUUUGUCUGUAGACUGAGGUGAGUUUUAGACUUAGCAGAAAAACUGACCUAAAAAAGAAGUGAUCGUCAUUUCAGCACCUUGGAACUGUUCAUCGCUAUCCAGAAUAUAGUUCUUUAGGAAUACGCAGAUAAUAAAAUGCUCCUCGUUGUGAGAACGUUCAGGAUGCUGGUGAAGUUCGUUACGCUUGGCUCUAAUCUGAACAAGCUCUGGAUUUCCAGAUCUGGAUUUGACCAGAGUCAGAUUAGAAGAACACAUUGUCAUAAAUCUGCCUUCCAAUUUGCCUGGACGAGGGUGUAAUUAGGGUGGGGUCAUCAUAUAUAAAUCCGUGUCUCCUCUGAGCAUUUUCACACCAUUGGCUUUUGCUGACUUUUUUUGUUGUUGCUUAUAAAUAUAUAUCUAAUACAAGAUUUUAAUCUGUGCUGAAUGUAUUAUUAGAAUCAAAACAAUAGACGUCGAUCCAUGAUACGAUUUGAAAGCCUGUGUGAUUCCUACACGGCUACUAAAACAGUGCAGUGAUGAAUUACUGUGUGCCGGAUGUGUAUGGGAUGCCACACGGCAUGGCUGGAGGCUACACGGUACCGGGCGGAGGGGAAUAUUGUAUGUACGCAGGCGACGGAUCCACUUUCGGCCAUUGCGAGCCUCAGGCGAUUCACCACAACCCAACGUGCAUGGAGCAGCCCUGGCCCGCCGGUCAGCCGUACCCCAGCAUGUACCCCGCCACUUAUCCGGGCAGCAACCCGGCGUUUAAGAAUGAGUUCUGCACCACCGAGGUGCCUCUUAGCCACUUCCAGCAGCCCGAUUACUUCUCAGACUGCAGGCCAGACUUUUCCCAGAUGCAGUGGAUUCAGGUGCAGCAUAAGAAAGGGUACAUACCAAGUUACCUGGACAAGGACGAACUUUGUGUAGUGUGCGGAGACAAAGCGACGGGAUACCAUUACCGCUGUAUCACCUGCGAGGGCUGCAAGGGUUUUUUCAGGCGUACGAUCCAGAAGAACCUGAACCCGACCUACGCAUGUAAAUACGAGGGGAAAUGUGUAAUCGACAAAGUCACGAGGAACCAGUGCCAGGAAUGCCGCUUCAAGAAAUGCAUCGCCGUCGGCAUGGCGACCGACUUGGUGCUGGAUGACAGCAAGCGUCUGGCCAAACGGAAGCUGAUUGAGGAGAACCGUGAGAAGAGGAAGCGCGAGGAGCUCCAGAAGACGGUGUGGGAUCGACCGGAGCCGUCGCAGGAGGAAUGGGAGCUGAUCCGAAUAGUCACCGAUGCCCACAUGACCACCAACGCCCAGGGCAACCACUGGAAACAGAAGCGCAAAUUCCUGGUCGAGGAAGCAAUGCUACUUAAUGAAAUAACUUGUAAUUUAUUCUAUACUUCUGACCAGAGUGCAGUGGGGGUGAAGGAAACCAAGGCGGAAGACAUAGGUCAGGGGACGAUCGUGAGCACGCCAGAGGGCAGCAAGGUGGACAUCGAAGCCUUCAGUCAGUUUACAAAAAUCAUCACCCCGGCCAUCACACGAGUGGUGGACUUCGCCAAAAAGCUGCCCAUGUUCUGCGAGCUGCCCUGUGAAGAUCAGAUCAUCCUGCUGAAAGGCUGCUGUAUGGAGAUCAUGUCUCUGCGUGCGGCCGUGCGCUACGACCCCGAGAGCGAGACGCUCACGCUCAAUGGCGAGAUGGCGGUGACGCGCGGCCAGCUCAAGAACGGCGGUCUGGGUGUGGUCUCAGAUGCCAUCUUCGAUCUUGGGGUUUCUUUGUCCUCCUUCAACCUGGACGAUUCAGAGGUGGCGCUGCUACAAGCUGUUAUUCUGCUCUCCUCGGAUCGUCCCGGAUUGACGAGCGUGGACCGGAUCGAGCGCUGCCAGGAGGAGUUCCUGCUGGCCUUCGAGCACUAUGUCAACUAUCGCAAGCACAAGGUGGCGCACUUCUGGCCCAAGCUGCUGAUGAAGGUGACGGACCUGCGCAUGAUUGGCGCGUGCCACGCCAGCCGCUUCCUGCACAUGAAGGUGGAGUGUCCCACCGAGCUGUUCCCUCCGCUGUUCCUCGAGGUCUUUGAGGACUGACCAAAACCCGCCCAUCGUCAUGUGACUCCUCCCCUCCUCCCCACAGUGCCAGUGGUGCCACACCCACCUCGGACACGUUCGUCGAACUCCAUGUUUUCUCACUACUGAGUGCCAUUGCAUUCCAGAAAUUUUAAAAGUAGCUCUCGGCCCUCAUUUCUAGACAGACCAUUCCUUUUUACGAUGCGGGUACAUGUGAAUAGCGUUUUCUUUUUCUUUCUUCCUUUCCUUCUCUCUCUCUCUUUCUCUCUGUCGUGUACAUUGUUGUUCCUAGUUACUCGAGGUGUAUUUUUGUUAUACAGUGAGUGAUUAUAUCUACUAGUCGCUGGCAUUGGCUCGUCACGCACCCGGGUGUGUGAUCUAUGCAUACAUAUCACGCAGCAUUCCACAUCUAGUAGAAAUCAGAAGAAAGAAAAGAAAAAAAAACCCUGAUGAGCUUCUGCUCGGUAAAGUUUUCACACUAUCUCCAUGAACUCGGAUGGAAAAAAAAACAAAAAAAGAUGAUCGGUUUGAUUUGUUUCUAAGUUUACACAGGACGCAAAAGACAAUCAGCGUCAUCUCACACACACACACACACACACACACACACACACACACACACAUACGAGCAUGCAGGUGCUUAUCUAGAUGCCAAAAUAUGCUUUCAUUGAAGACUGUUCAGGUGCCAAAAGAAUCGAGGAUUACUACAAAAAAAAAAAAAAAAAAAAAACGUGUGUUCCCGAAGAUAUGUUUUUUUUUUCCAUCCGUGUUUCUCCAGAUCCUUCACUUCUGCCGGACCGUCUGUGACUGUCUCUCUUACCUCGUAGGAACUCUGUUCUGUUUUAUAUACAUUUUCACAAGUUAGACAAAAGGUGAUGCCUCCGCUCAGACUUGUUGGUGCUAUGAGUUUGUCUAUUUAUACCUCUUUUCAGUCAGCCUCAGAUUUCUGGAUGAUUCAUACACACUAUAUACACACACACACACACACACACACUCACACACACACACCUCUCUCAGACAGAGCAGUGAGCGGUGGUGAGGCACGAACGUCCCACUGCUUCACAACACAACCUGACCUCUCGAGGUAUAGAGGACGUGUCUUGUUUUGUUUCGUUUCUUUUUUUUGUUUUUUUGUUUUGGUCUUUCCUACAUGACAUCGUCCUCGGACAUUGUACUCUUACGUCGUAUUGUACUGCGAAACAUUUUUCACAUCAACAUACCUCUAAAACCGUUCGUUAGGAAAAAUAAUGGUCAUUUUUGUAUGAAAAGCAAAAACAAAAAAAAAGAAAAAAAAUCUCGACCGCUACAACAAUUCGCCUCAAGCUUGGUUUUCUCUGUAAAGAUGCCUUUCAAAAAAAAAAAAAAAAAGAAGCAAUAGAUUUGCUCCAGUGUUUCGGCUUAUUUAUGACUACACACACACACACACACACAUUAGUAGGUGCACACAAAAGCACCGACUCAGAGGAAAUGCACAGACAAUCAGGAUGUGAAGGUGAAGCCCAGGGAGAAAACAAAAAAAAAGUGCAUCUGAGAUGUUCAGCUGUUAUUCUAUGAAAGUCAGAAAUGCUUGUGCUGCUAACGGUGAACGUUUCAGAGUAGAGCGCCUCCGCCGUUAUUACACCGUCGUGACGUGAUUGUGUGAACGAACACUUCCAUUGCACUCUCGUGCUCCGUGUACUGACGUGCGAGUCUGAGCGUAACGACAACACCUGCUGGUCUGCUCAUGUUUCCUCACUAUGAAGUAUGUGGUUUUAAAAAACGGAGCCGAACGUCAUCCCAGGUUUGCAGAUCCAGACACGGAUGUUGCUCCACUGACGUUGGAGUUACAGCAAGGAGGUGAAAAUGCAUUAUUUUACAGUAUAAAAAAAAAGUUGUAUAUUUUUUUGCAGAUAUUUUUUACCAGAUUUGCAUAUUCCGCCAUUUCACCACCAAUGAUAAUAAAGUUCUAUUCUCCGAAGCAUAACAAAAUCUCUUCUUGUGAAUAGGCUCGUGCAAUACACUCAAUGGGCAAAGGUUUGUGGACCAUCUGACCUUUCUAAACAUCUCAUUUCACAUUUGUUCUUGUAAUAUCCUCCACUCUUCUGGGAAGAUGUUCCGCUAGAUGUUCUAGAGGUUCAGCUGGCCAGGUAGUAAAGUCAGGAACUGAUGUAGGUGAAAAGGUGAGGAGGCCCGAGGUGCAGUUAGCGUUCACAUUCAUCCCAUAAGGUAUUCAAUAGCAGGAGCAUCCACAUCUUCCAACCCAUUCAAAGUAUAUCUUCAUGGAGCUGUCAGGUUCUGAAACAGGUUUGAAUCUCCUAGUUCAAGUGAAGCGAAAGUUUGACCAAGAACCGCAUACCUCUGUAAAAGUCGGGUGUCCAAAUACAUUUGCUUACACAGCGUGUGUUAUUUGUGAAUACUUUCCAAUGUUACUUCUCACCAUUCUGAAGAAUUAGACAGGAACUGAACGAAGGUGGUGUGUAUCAGGACGUCUGAUCUGAGACCCAAAACGUUUUUUGAACAUGUAAAGUGUACACGUUUUUCUCAUUCGUUCAUCAGUAACUGUUUCAUCCUGCUCAGGGCCGUGAGCAUUUUGGAGAAGCACAAACGCUUCAAACGUUUCACCAUGAAGCUGGAGGAAUUGGUCCAAGUUCCUGCAGGAAGACACGGGAUUGGUUGGAAUUUGUCAGAAAGUCUGUGAGAGUAAGUGUGAUUGGACAGAGAGUUUCUGUAGGAGCUCUACGUUGUCUUUAGGAGCAUCAUUUUUGCAUGCAGGAUUAGUCAGGAGUCACGUUCUCUGCAGGACCUAGUGGAUUAAUCACGUUUUCUGUGGGAACUGUUGGGAUUGGUCACUUUUCCGCAGGAGCAGGUAGAAUUACACAGACAUUCCUCAGGAGUGCGUGGGAUCAGUCAAACUUUCUGUGAAAGCACUUGGUCCUACUCAUACUUUUUGAUUGGUCAAACAUUGUCCAUGUGCAGGCAGGAUCGAGCAAAUGUUUUGUGAAAGCACGUGGGAUUGGUCUUAAUUUUUUUGCAGGAGUGUGAGGAACUAAAACUUUCUACAGGAUCAGGUGAGACUGGUCACGUUUUCCACAGGAGCAUGUGGUACUGGUAAGACAUUAUGCAUGUGGGGAUGGUCGAACUUCUUGCAGGACCAGGUGAGGCUGGUCAAACUUCCUGAACGAGGUCUGGAUAGUCAAACUUCCUAAAGGAUCAUGUGACAUUUGUGAAUCCAUCUGCAGAAGCAUGUAGGGCUGGUUAAACUUACUGCAGGACCAGGUGGAGCUGGUGAACGUUCUGCAUUAACAGGGGAAUUAGUCGUACUCACUGUAAAAGCAGGCUGGAUUAAUCAGACAACUCUACCCCAAUAAUCCCAAACCCGCUAGACUUAAACACAGCAUUUACCUCCUUCAACUGUUGGAAACCCUCAAGGACAGGAUCAGAUAAAGCAUUCUGUGUCCUGUAUCCACCAUAGUGAUGUGAUGUGUAGAGUCCAUGAAGUGUGGAUUCAGUUCACAGCAAUGGAACCUAAAUACAUGUCCAGGUUUUUUUUUUUCCCAAAGGGUACAUUAGUUCACAAACCCAGAGACCUGUAGCGUCACUGUAAACCCUCGUGUCCUAAUGAGUGGGCGAGAUUUUUUUUAAAUGUGUUGCCACUGUGAGACACUGAGGUUUAAAGCUGAAUCUGUAAGCCAUGUUGCAGUUUGGGAGGAAAAGAUGGAAGAAAGGAUGCACAAAAGAAACACAUUCCUGUAUUUGAUGACUGAUGGUGAAUGUAAAAAAACACAGCAAAAGAACUGAUGCUGAAUGAGAACAAUGACAAUAGUGAUGUUUGUAUUUAAAUAAAAUAUAAACUGGCUCCGGGAAUAAAGAUGGUUUGAGAAAA